AAAAAAAAAAAAACCUCUCGAUUUCUAUUGGAGCAAAAAUGGCGACUUCGCUCUCUGCGACGAUCACGCCAAUUACGUUACAGAGGAAACUGAAAGCUCAUCCAGCAGUACUUCCUGUAGAUUCUACCGGUAUUCGCCGCUGGAGAAACACACCCGGCGUCUAUCUCCGGCGGAGAGUCGCCGUCGUCACGUCGGCUGUUUCCGGCGCUUCAGGAACUGGGACCUCGGCGGCUGGGCAAGACACUGUUGAUUUGCUUGAUACAGUGAAAGUGUUUGAUUUGAAUGGAAAUGAGGUUCCGAUUUCUGAUUUAUGGAAGGAUAGGAAGGCCGUUGUUGCGUUCGCUCGUCAUUUCGGAUGUGUUCUUUGUCGGAUACGAGCUGCUUAUCUCGAAGCGAAGAAGGGCGUGAUGGAUGCAUCUGGUGCUGCUCUUGUUGUGAUUGGACCCGGCAGCAUCGAUCAGGCGAAAACAUUCGUUGAGCAGACUAAAUUCAAAGGAGAGGUAUAUGCAGAUCCGAACCACGCAUCCUACGAGGCACUCAGAUUUGUUUCCGGGGUUUCAACAACAUUUACACCCAAAGCUGGUCUGAAGAUAAUAGAAGCUUACAUGGGAGGAUAUCGGCAAGACUGGAAGCUUUCGUUUGAGAAAGAUACGGUGUCUAGAGGCGGCUGGCAACAGGGCGGAAUUGUAGUUGCAGGGCCUGGAAAGCACAACAUAUCGUACAUACACAAGGACAAAGAAGCCGGAGAUGACCCGCCAAUCGAGGAGAUCUUAAAAGCGUGUUGCUCGUGAAGGAGAAACGACGAGAAAGCAAGGAUCCUUCAAUCUCCACUCUUCUGAUCACAAAAACAAUUGCAUUAGAACAAGAACCCUAAUGCCACACCAUUCAGGAUAGUGUCUUACCACUAUACGUACACACUACACAGAGGCUCUAAAUAAGGAGCAUCUUUCGAAACUUGAUGAAAUACUAGCGCUUUUAGACAAAGUUUGAAGGAUAAGGAUUUUCCAUCGUAACAAAAAAAAAAAUCCAAAAACCGUAUUGAUUUCCCCUUUCUUUGAAGUUCCCAUCAAGAUCA